AUGCUGAAAUCCUCAAUCGCUUCGCUUCUUUCCCUCGCAUCGCUCAUCUCAGCCUACCAAGUAGAAAUUCACCCAGAAUAUCAAGAAGGUCUAUCUAUCAAUGAUGUCCCGCAGGAACGACGGCUGCACUGGAUGAGAGUAGCCAACGAAGCUGUAUAUGCCGAUGGACAUCCAUGUCCUCAGGCUCCUUUCGGGAGCGCUAUAGUGAACACUACCUCGGAUGAGUUGGUUUGUGUAACAUCUAACAAAGUUGGGGUGACAGGUAACCCAGCGAUGCAUGGUGAAAUAUCUGCUAUAACGCAUUGUACAGAAGUAUUGACAAAGAAGGGUCUAUCACCUCAGGAGAUAUUGGCAGCAUGGAAGGAUUUCAGUUUGUACACCAAUGGUGAACCUUGCCCUAUGUGCGCUUCUGCUAUACGGUGGGCAGGAUUCAAGGAAGUCAUUUAUGGGACUAGUAUACGGACGAUAGCAGAGAAUGGUCGAAAUCAAAUUUAUAUACCUUCUUCACACGUAUGGGAGAAAUCGUAUUCUCUAGGUCAUGCUACUCUCAUGCUAGGUAACAUCCUUACCAACGAGACUGAUGUAUUCUUCGCUCAUCAAUUCAAUGAAUCUGCACCUUGUCCUACUGGAUGCGAAAGGCAGAGUGCACCAGGAAAGAGAGUCCAAGCUUGUGCACCCGUUGACAAUUGGCAGGAAGUGGUUCGUAAAGCUGGGAAAGGGCUGGCUAUAACAGAGGGAAGAGGGCAUGAUGAACUGUAG